CGUCAGACGUACAACGUCCACCGGAAAUGAACAGGAGUACUUUCUAGAAUGUAGCAGCAAGCUCAUGCUAGCUCCUUUCUUGUGUAGUUUUUAUUCGCAUUUCUUGUUAAACCUCUUGAAGCGUUGAAGGCAACCCUAAUAUAAAGUUUUAUAUUUUUUUUCAAAUUUAUAAUUCUCACUUAAAAUCGCGGCCCCCACUCAAUUGAGCCGAAUCAUAGCUUAUAGCUAACGCCACUAACGCGUCGAGGACACUCAUUAGCUGGUAGGCAUCAUGUCCAGGAUAGACUACAGCGUGUGGGACCACAUUGAGGUGUCCGACGAUGAAGAUGACACCCACCCGAACAUCGACACACCCAGCCUCUUCAGGUGGAGACACCAGGCCCGCGUGGAACGAAUGGAAGAAUUCCAGAAGAAAACACAAGACCUGAACAAGGGACUCACAGAUUGCCGCCGCAAGUUAGUGGAAACGCAGAAGAAAAUCCAGGACAUGAGCCUCUCCGCAUCAGAGGACAACAAAGCCGAUGUGAGCAAGGUAAAGACGGAGGAGAAGAAGCUGAAGAAAGAGGAGCGCGACUGGGAGAGGAAGCUGGAAGACCACUGCCGGGAGGAGAAGAAGAUGCCGUGGAAUGUGGAUACACUCAGCAAAGAAGGUUUCAGCAAGAGCAUUGUCAACAUGAAACCCGAAGCUGUAGAGGAGUCCGAAGAAGAGAAGGAGAAAAAGCACAAGACCUUUGUGGAAAAAUAUGAGAAGGAGAUCAAGCAUUUUGGCAUGCUGCGACGCUGGGACGACAGCCAAAAGUACUUGUCUGACAACCCUCAUCUAGUGUGUGAAGAGACUGCCAACUACCUGGUCAUCAUGUGCAUCGACCUGGAAGUGGAGGAGAAACACGCCUUGAUGGAGCAAGUAGCCCACCAGACCAUCGUCAUGCAGUUUAUCCUGGAGUUGGCUAAAAGCCUCAAGGUGGAUCCACGGGGAUGCUUCCGUCAGUUCUUCACCAAGAUCAAGACAUCCGAUCAGCAGUAUCAGGAUGCCUUCAACGACGAGAUGGAGUCGUUCAAGGAUCGAGUGCGUGUCCGAGCGAAGAUCCGAAUCGAAAAGGCCAUGAGGGAAUAUGAGGAAGAGGAACGACUGAAACGGCUUGGACCCGGAGGACUUGACCCUGUUGAUGUGUACGAGUCUCUACCGCAGGAGAUGCAGAAAUGCUUCGAUGAGAAAGACAUCCAAAUGCUGCAAGAUGUCAUCAGCAAAAUGGACCCAACAGAGGCAAAGACGCACAUGAAACGCUGCAUCGACUCGGGGCUCUGGGUUCCCAACUCCAAGCCCGAUGAUGGGGAGGAGAAAGAGGAAGACUCCACUUACGAGGACGUCAAAGAGGAGCCCGAAGAAGCCAAGAAUGAAUGACCAUCAGUGUUUGCUAACCCACGGCGUGCGAGUCAGAAAAAUGAAAUAGACGCAUAUAUCCACCUAACAAGUAAAGGAUUGGCUGUCACUUAAUUCAUAUUCAUGCUUCCUGCUUGGGAAUGAACUGCAGCUUGUCUUAUUUAGAUCUAUGUUUCAAAUUGCUCUGUACGCUCAUGUUGAGAGUAGUAACACUCUCAUUUCCCCCUCUGAAUAUGUUUGCUUUUUUUUUUUUUUUAGAUGUAGGCCCACAGCAGUCAAUGUAAUCAGGUUGUAAGUUGCCACCUAUUUUCUAUAAACGAUAAACUCCACUU